AUGCCGUCCACGUUGGAACGGUGGAACAUAGGGGUGGAGAUCAGGACAUUAUACGCCGCAAACGUGGCUGCAAUUGUGAUCCUGUCCAGGGGCAAAUGUGGUCUCUCCAAAUGCAUCACUCAUUACCUUGUUGGCAUGGCAGCGGCGGAUCUACUCGUCGUCGUCACCGGAGUUAUAUUAAGUAGAAUUGUCGGGAUUUUCUUCCCGGACGGCUUCAUAUGGAUCACGCCGCUUUGCAGCAUCAGAAUCAUCCUUGUCUACACAUGCAGGGACAUUUCUGUCUGGUUAACAGUCGCUUUUACGUUUGAUCGUUUUGUCGCCAUCUGCUGGGAGAAGCUGAAAACCAAGUACUGCAGAAAGAAAGUUGCAGCCGGAGUGCUUUGGACCGUGUGUACCCUGAGCAUUUUGAGAAACAUUCCCUGGUAUUUUAAAAACGAACCCCGGUACAUCACCAACGGCACGCCGUGGUACUGCCACACAAAGUCCAGCUUUUAUACCGACCCAAUGUGGAUCUUGUUUUCAGCGUUGAAUUGCAUUAUAAACCCGUUCCUCCCGUUUUUCCUCAUUGUGCUGCUCAAUGUAGUGACUGUGAAAUUCAUCAUCGUGGCCAGCAGAAGGCGCAAAGCUCUCCGCCGCCACAAUAACAAGGACAAUCGCACUGACCCUCAAAUGGAGAACAGAAAAAAGUCCGUAAUUUUACUGUUCGCCAUCUCCGGAAGUUUCGUCCUUUUGUGGAUGACGUUCAUUAUACAUUUCCUCUACUAUCGAAUCACCAAUACCUUGACGUACUCUGGUUACAACGACCCCGUGUUUAUCUUCCAGGAGGUCGGAUACAUGUCGCUGCUGCUAAGUUGUUGCACCAACACCUGCAUUUAUGCAGUGACUCAGCGCAAGUUCAGGGAGCAAUUGACGAAUUGGCUGAAAUAUCCGUUCACAAGGAAAGCUGAAUUGCUUAAAUAA